CGUUAAUCCGAAGUCUCAUACUCACUUCCACUACAGCAGAAAGAUUAGACGAAACAAUGUCUCUGUCAGCGAUCUUUGGCACUGGAAACGUCACUGUUGCUGCUUCUCCUGCGCUCCGCCAAUUCCAAAUUCCUAAACUGGGAAACGGAGGAGGAUUGGGAAUGGUGAUAGAGUGUUCGUCGAGGCCGCAGAAGAAAUCUACGGCUCAUCACAGGAAGACGAGGCCGAAGAAGACGCAGCCUUGGGACAUCAAGAGAAAGCCUACUGUUUAUGCUCCUCUUCCUCCUCUCCCUCCGGAUUGGAUUCCGCUCGCUCUUUCUUCCGACGACAGUGGUGCCACCUCCGCCGGAGAUUUGGUUUCAGGCGCCGCCGCAUAGUUAUGAGUGUUAUCUGCUGGUCUGUUUGUAAUAAUGUCUGAAAGCAUAUUGUAUUUCUCUGUUUCUGUUAAUGUGUUAUCAGUUUUUUCUUUUCUUCCUGCUGUCUGGUUAUUCUGUGGGCCCCCUCUUAUAUGUUUGUGUGUCUGAAAUUUAAAUGGUUGAUCACUCUCAUUC